AUGUCUGACUCUACACUAUACCUUUACACCUCCCUGACCGCAGGGUCAUCCCACAUCGUCACCGCUACUGCUCGUGUGGAGACCAUCCUGAAGGCCAACAAACUCCCUUUCCGUGCCAUUGACGUCGCCACCGAUGAAGCUGCCCGAAAACUAUGGGGCAGACGAUCCAAGGGCAAAAAGCUGCCCGGGCUGGUGAAAUACGGUAACAUUGUCGGGGAUCUCGAAGAAAUCGAAGAAUGGAACGAAUUUGGCGAGCUGCGCAUGGUUGUCAACAGCUUCCAGGAUGUCGACGGCAUGCCCGCUACAAGCAACCCAAUCGCUCCUCCCUCCCAGCCUACACCAACCCCUAAAGAGCCCGAACCCACUGCCCCUAAACCCUCAACCAUCACAAUCCAGAGCCCAUCUGCCGCCAAGCAAGAAGAGAAGAAAGACCAUAAGACUGUUCUAGCACUGCGCCAGGCUAGCCAGGAAGCUGCCAGCAAGGCUCAAACCAAGACAGACGACAAAAAGCUUGCCGAGGGGUCGAUGUCGGAGUGCAACCCAGAGUCGAAAACCGAAACGCCUACUCACAGCAGGGCGCACCGUGGCUCGGUUGCUAUUGAACUGCCUGAGACGGCAUCAGACUCGCCGAAGGCUGCGAAGCGUCCACCUCUCAUACCCGAGGUUGCAGCCGUCUCGUCGGCUAAUUUCCACGCCGACAACGCGGAGAUGCUCGGACUGGUCGAGCAUCAUCGGGGCUCCAUCAUCUCGACGAUCGAUCAGGAGGAGCAGGAGAAGGUUGUGAGCGAUAUUCGGAAGUCCAUUACGGCUGAAGACCCGUCUGGCAACCUUGACGCGCUCCGCAAGGAGGCCGCGCAGAAAGCGGAGGACGGUACCAUUGAAGAGGUGGCCACUCCGCUCGAAGAAGAUGUUACUGCUGUUGCUCCCGAGAUCAAGAAUGUUCAAGAAAAUGUCGAGGCCACCAAGGAAGCUGUGAAGCAAGAUGCAAAGGACGAGCCUAAGGAAGGAGCCGAGACCAAAGAUCAUGCCAAAGAGGAACCAGAGGAUGUCAAGCCCGCGGUUCAGGAGUGA